GCUCUUUUGCAGCGCGCACGGCGGUCCCGCGGAUCUGUCUCUUGCUUCAACAGUGUUUGAACGGAACAGUCCCGGGGACGCUUCCCCCACGUCUUCUGCCUCGGCCACCCUCCAACUGCGUCUCCAGUUGCAACCUCCGGGACCAACUUCUGGGCCAGCUCCUGUUUCCCCGACCAGCUAACACCGUUUUUCUGUGUGGUUAGCUCCUCAUUGUCGACCAACCAUGAGCUCCCAGAUCCGUCAGAAUUAUUCCGCCGAUGUGGAGGCAUCUGUCAACCGCUUGGUCAACGAGCAUCUGCAGGCCUCCUACACCUACCUCUCUCUGGGCUUCUAUUUCGACCGUGACGAUGUGGCCCUGAAGGGCGUGGACCACUUCUUCCGCGAGUUGGCGAAGGAGAAGCGCGAGGGCGCCGAGCGUCUCUUGAAGAUGCAAAACCAGCGCGGUGGCCGCGCCCUCUUUCAGGAUGUGCAGAAGCCGCCCAAAGAUGAGUGGGGUAAUACCCUGGAAGCCAUGGAAGCCGCCCUGGUCUUGGAGAGGGGCCUGAACACGGAUCUUUUGAAACUGCAUGCCUUGGGUUCUGCCAAUACCGACCCUCAUCUCUGUGACUUCCUGGAGAACCAUUUCCUAGAUGAGGAGGUGAAACUCAUCAAGAAGAUAGGCGACCACCUGACCAACCUCCGCAGGCUGGGUGUCCCUCAGGAGCGGCUGGGCGAGUAUCUCUUCGAAAGGCUCACCCUCAAGCACGACUAGGAGUCUCUGGAGCCCAGAGGCCUUUAGGGGGCCCCUCUGCAUUCCCCUGGCAUCCAGGCUUUUGCCUGAGCCCCUUCCUCCAGCCAGGAGGCAUCUUUUUAACCAGCCACCCUGCCACUCUCUAACAAGUUCUGAAACGAGUGUAAACAAUAAAGCUUUUUGCAGCAGA